UCCGGGUCAUUUCCAUUACCACUUCCGCUUCUUCGAAUGUUUUGAAAAGUUGGCGGUAAAGAUGGCGGACGCUGGUGGAGUCCCGGAAUCAACGGUAGAGAACCAUCAAGAUGUCAGAGUUAAUGUCAAGUCCAAGAGAAUGGUCUCUUAUCAGCUCGCAAAGUAUAAAAGUUUACUUAUAAAACUGCUCGAGGGUCAACCGGGAGUAAACGAAAGCGACGUAGAGAAGAUCUCACAGGAAAUGUUGUCGAACUUCGAGAUUGCGGUGCAGGAAAACAUCAGUGUUGGAGGUUUGUCCUGGGAUGAAGCAGCGGAGGAGAACAAUGAAGAUUAUGAGUGCAGCACUGUGGAUGACCUGCUCGAUGAGAAGAUUGUACAGACCAGCUGGAAACGCAGCCUUUACCCAAAGAGGAUUCUGCCUUAUUUUGUCCGUUCCCUAAAAGCCGAACGCAAACUCAUGGGUUUGUUGGAAAGUGGUAUAAAGGCACAAGAAGUGAAGCGUGAUCCAGUUCAGGACGCCACAAUGAGCGGCGUUUCUGCUGCUGCAACCAGGAUGUUCUCACAAGCAUCUACAGUCAUGAAGUCUCUGAAGGAGUUGAAGCAGAUGGCAGAAGGUCUUCACCAGGUGCUGAACACACAGCCCUCAUCUGAGAGCCUGGAGGUCUACAGAGACGUCUUCAGCUCUGACGGAAAAGUCCAGUGUAGCAUCGAGUCUCCUGCUAACAGACAGUCCAUCAGAAGAGCUGUGACUGAGAGAAAAUACAGUACACAAUACGAUCCUCUGAUCCCAACCACUUCACACCAAUAAGAGUUUAUCAUCAUCAUCAUCAUCAUCAAAAGAGAGGAGCUAAUUAUUAUAAUGGCAGAAAUGGUUUAGGAGUGAAAACAUGCUGUUGGUUGUAUAGCAUAUGUAAGUUGAUUGUUUAGUCUAUACUCAUGACAUGUUAAAGUUCUUUAUUGUAUAUACAUUUAUUUCCUUUCCUUUACACAUAUGUCUGUAUCAUUAAAGUUUCUUGUCUUCAUGUUUUGCAUGUCCAAUAAGUCACACAAACACACACAACAAAUGAUGAUAUUAAUUCAUUUUAAUGUUAUUUUUAAAGUGCUUUUAUACCAGCCACGGAAGGAAACCCAUCCUCUGUACGGUGUCACCAGAAAGUGUGAUUUAUAAAUAAUGUCCUUUCUACAGUCAUUUGGAGUUGAGUUCAUUGAAGAUUUAACUUGAUGGAGAUAAAGCCUAUGUAGAAUGUUAUUUAGUGUCUGCAGAGUUUAGCAAGCACUAGAUGUUAAUAUGCAUUUGAUGAGGUGACUGGAGUACAAGGUUAUGGGAUGUGUUUAGUGAUCAGUCAGUAUGGUGAGACACAGCUAAUCUGAGUGGUCUGUGAUAGCACUCUGAGGUAAAUUAUCUGUAUCAGUGACUUCUGCUCCAUGUGUUAGCAUUAAAAUCAUUUUCUUAUUCAGGAACAAUGAUUAUGUUCAUUGGGAAUAAAAUAGUAUGUGUAUGUGCAGUGUGUGAAGAGUGAUUGAAUGCAUUAGGAUACAUAACUGCGUGAAAGGUGUGUGUGUGUGUGUGUGUGUGUGUUUGAGAGGAAGAGAGUAACAGAAUGUGGUUAAAUGCUAUAUAAAUAACUACAGGGGAAAAGUUUUGUGUCGCACGCGUGAAUAGUGUGUGCGCAUGCGUGCGUUUGGUAAGUGAAAAAUGAAACAAACGCCUUUGAAAUAAAGUACAUAACUCAAAUACAUAACCUUGAACAAGAUAAGUGAAUGCACCAUGUUUUGCUGUGUGUGUGUGUGUGAGAGAGAGAUAGGCGGAAGCACGCAGUACUGUUAUAACUGAGUGCACCACGUGACUUAUGAGAAAGUAAGUGAUGUGGUUUAUAACGUGUCGACUUUUUUGUCACGUUUCGGUGAUGAAAAUAUCGCAGUUUCGCCGUCUCAUGUGUGCUGCAGUGUGUGUACUGUGUGUUCUGUGUGCUGCAGUGUGUGUACUGUGUGUUCUGUGUGCUGCAGUGUGUGUACUGUGUGUUCUGUGUGCUGCAGUGUGUGUACUGUGUGUUCUGUGUGCUGCAGUGUGUGUACUGUGUGUGUCCUUCUCCCUGCCUUGCACAUGUCUCUACACACCGCUCCAGACUGCUGCGAGUCACCAGGACUGCACUUAUACAGGAGAAGUCAGAACGAGGACGACUCUCACAGAAGGCUGAAGAGAAGAGAGAAGAACCGUGUGGCUGCACAGAGGAGCCGCAAACGUCAGACGCAGAGAGCAGACGAGCUGCACGAGGUGCGUUUAGAUGAGACACGUUCUGGUUUGUGCUCCAGCUCAUUGAAAUUCAGGGUUAAAUAAUAGCAACUAAUGACAUUUAACUUCAAUCUGUACAAACCAGAGCCAAAUUAUACCAAACUGAUCCAUCAGUCUGAUCAUUUUACUGACAAGCUGCUCACUGUAUAAUGUUCUAUAUUCCUCAGUCCCUCCAGGACGUCACUGAGAUUUUACACUUUUUGUGUAAAAAACCUACUUGAAAUGGUGAAAUCACAAGCUCAGGAAUCUUCUUUUAACACUACACAUCUGUAAUGCAUUUCUAUGAGAGAUGUACUUAUGAUCCACACACGUGAAUUCGAGGCCGACUGCGUGUCGACGAUGUCGCACGACACAUUCGAAUCGAAUCUGCAAUAAAUCUUUGUAAUUUUUUCUUGCUUUGUUUGUUCAUUUCUGUGAUCACAAACUCUGAACUCCUGGAGGAACUGAAAACCGUUUACAAAAAUCAGAGUAAACUGUCAGUAAUACAUUUGUUAGAUGUUCUGUAAUUUAAUGUUAGACAUUUCUGGUUCAAUGCACUGGAUGGAUGGAUUUGAGUGAAAGUGUCUCCAUCCAGGCUUAUGAGUGCUUGGAGCAGCAAAACAGUCUGCUGAAGAAAGAGGUUCAGCUGCUCCUUGAGGAACAGAGAUGUCUGGCAGAUGCUCUCAAAAUCCACGAGCCUCUGUGUCCUGUCCUAAACAGCAACGUUCUCCAGGGACCGAGAUCCAGUGAUGGACUUCCUCCCUGAGUUCAUAAGUAAUCUGAAACGGACAUCAGGUGUAAGUCGUGUGGUGGUGUGAGCGAACCUGCCAACACACUCGUCAGAUUCAAGCUGGUUUCAUCUCUGAUUUCUUUCUACAGUGUUCCUUUUCUGUCAGAAUGUCAGAUCAGUGUUUAAUCUUCACUUACUUUUAUCAGCCUGCAGGAAAUGAUGUCAUCAUUCUGUAUUUCAAACAUGUGAAAUGAACUUUAGAUCUCGGUGCCAAGAGACCACUUUAACCACCAGAUGUGUGACUGGUUUACCGCUUUGUCGUGAGGAGGAGUGAGCUAUGAGACUGAACACUUCUGCUUUCUAGACAUGCUGAUUAACUAUAAAUACAUUUUUUAGGUUUCAGGAUUACUUAUUUUUUUACUGUUAUGAUUACUAAGCUGAAUUUAGAUGCUCUGUUCUUUUUACAUGUAUGUGUUGGAGUUUCUUGUCGUGUGUCUGUGUCUUUUCUGUUGAAUGUAAAGUAAACAUGAACGUUUUUGAAUGUAAAGAUUCAUCUGAUCUGACAAGAAGAAGGAAUCAUACUGCAAAGAAAUGUUAAUAUAAUGAAUUUAAUAAAAAAUACUGGAAAUACA